AUGGCCGGUCCAUCGAUACAAGAUCGCACCAGCGAGUUCAGCGCCAUCCUGGGCCAGGCCCAGAAGCGCAUGGGCACCUCGAAAGUCGGCUCACAGCGCCAGGCCUUGCUAACAGACGCGCAAAGGCGACAGGCCGAUCCCUCACCCCCUGGCGCACAGGAUGCCAAGGUAGCGAGGUCGGAGUUCGCACGGAGAGCCCGAGAUAUCGGCAGAGGCAUCACGGGAACAAUGGCAAAGCUGCAGCGACUGGCUGAAUUGGCGAAACGGAAAACGCUCUUCGACGACCGCCCAGUCGAGAUCUCCGAAUUGACCUAUGUGAUUAAGCAAGACCUGGCUGCCCUGAACCAAAAUAUUGCCUCGCUUCAGGCACUCACCCACGCGCAACAUCCCAAGUCCAACCGCUCGAAGACGGAUCAGGAAGGGGAGCACAACGACAACGUCGUCGUCAUGCUACAGGGAAAGCUGGCCGAUGUAGGCGCCAGCUUCAAGGAGGUACUCGAGGUCCGCACAAAGAACAUCCAAGCAUCCCGAACACGAACCGAGAACUUUGUGUCCUCGGUAUCGUCCAAAUCACAAACUGCUCUAGAUGCGCAGCGCUCGGAUUCUCCUCUGUACAAUACAUCGGGGCGACGAACACCCCAACCGGGAUAUCAGGGCAACCCUUCGGAUAUUUUGACCCUGGAGCCGCAAAACCCCUCCCCUCUAGGACGCCCAUCAUUCCAAUCCGAUCAACAGUUGAUGAUCAUGGAAGAGGGAGAAUCAAGCAACACAUAUGUCCAAGCACGAGGCGAAGCUAUCGAGGCUAUCGAGCGAACCAUUAGUGAACUGGGUGGAAUCUUCGGCCAAUUGGCGCAGAUGGUCAGCGAACAAUCAGAAAUGAUACAGCGUAUCGAUGCCAACACUGAAGACGUCGUGGAUAACGUCCAAGGCGCCCAGCGUGAACUAAUGAAGUAUUGGACGCGUGUUUCCGGCAAUCGCUGGCUCAUUGCUAAGAUGUUUGGUAUUCUGAUGAUUUUCUUCCUCCUCUGGGUCCUGAUUUCAUGA